AUGUCUGCCACCAACACCAAUCCAGAACGCGACGCCCAACUGCUGGCCAUCGGUCGCCAGUGUUCCGAAGCAUCCUGCCUGCUGGUUGACUUCCUACCAUUCAAAUGUGACCUUUGCUCGGCCAGUUUCUGCGCAGAACACUUUGCCGUCGCAGCCCACAAGUGUCCAAAGUACGAUGACCGCAUACACAAUCGUGUUGCACCUAACUGCCCGCUCUGUAAUACCCCCGUCGCUAUACCCCCAGGGGAGGACCCAAACAUCCGCAUGGAGAGGCAUAUCAAUAACGAAUGUAGCGUCAUGACUGGGAAAGCCAGAAGAUCCAAGUCAACGCCCAUCUGCGCGAGGGGCAAGUGUGGCAAAGUGCUUUUCGCACCCAUCGCCUGCGACACCUGCCACAAGCAUUAUUGCCCCCAACAUCGGUUCCAGAAAGAUCACGACUGUGUACCCGCCUUGUCCACCCAUCCGUCGUCAACCAUCCAUCAGAACGUUCUUUCUGCGGCACUCAAGAGAAUGAAUGUUACACCCGCUUCGUCGAACAAGGUGACCCCUCCAAAGGCAACCUCUACUGCACAAGGCUCCGGUGCUGUACCUGUCCCGUCUUCCGGCAACGCGUCACCAUUGCUCAGAAACCCACUCUCAAAGACCGAUCGCGCUUCUGCUGUACCUGCCACGCCUAAUCAAUCAUCACAACUCUUCUUGCCUACGUCAACAUCAACGUGUGCGGCUAACCAUAUGUCCACUAAUAACAAUACUACUGUUAAACCCACAUGGGAUUUCCUGCGUGCCAAGGCGGAGAGAGAGAGUAGGCGGAAGGCGAUGAUGGAACGUGCCAAGAAAGGGCUUCUGACGGAGCAAGAGAAGCUUAUCUUGGCCGCGGAGGAAGCAGAACGUGCGCAGGGAGUACGUUCAUCGGACAGGGAGUGUAUGGUCAUGUAG